GGCGGCUCGGCUCCGUGUCCGUGCGCGCGCCCGCGGCCAGGUUGCAGGGCUGGGCGCGCGCCCCGCGUCCCAGGCAGGAAGAUGGUGGCGAGCGCGCGGGUGCAGAAGCUGGUGCGGCGCUACAAGCUGGCGAUCGCCACGGCGCUGGCCAUCCUGCUGCUGCAGGGCCUGGUGGUGUGGAGCUUCAGCGGCCUGGAGGAAGACGAGCCGGGAGAGAAAGGAAGACAGAGGAAGCCCAGACCCCUGGACCCCGGCGAGGGCUCUAAGGACACGGACAGUUCAGCGGGGCGGCGAGGCAGUCCUGGGAGAAGGCACGGGCGCUGGCGGGGCCGCCCUGAGAGUCUGGGUGUGCCUGUGGCCAAGGUGGUCCGGGCAGUAACCAGCCGGCACAGAGCCAGCCGGCGGGUCCCGCCUGCCCCACCCCCAGAAGCCCCAGGCCGUCAGAACCUGAGUGGGGCAGCAGCUGGAGAUGCCCCCGUUGGGGCAGCUGGCUUCCCACCACAUGGAGAUACAGGAAGUGUGGAGGGCGCCCCGCAGCCCACGGACAACAGCUUCACCCCCAAGUGCGAGAUCGUGGGCAAGGAUGCGUUGUCUGCACUGGCCCGGGCCAGUACCAAGCAGUGCCAGCAGGAGAUUGCCAACGUGGUGUGCCUGCAUCAGGCAGGCAGCCUCAUGCCCAAGACUGUGCCCCGGCACUGCCAGCUGGCGGGAAAGAUGAGCCCUGGCACCCAAUGGGACGAGGCCCGGGCCCAGCAGCCCAUGGAUGGCCGGCCUGUGCGAAUCGCCUACAUGCUGGUGGUUCAUGGCCGUGCUGUGCGCCAGCUGAAGCGGCUCCUCAAGGCCGUCUACCAUAAGCAGCACUUCUUUUAUAUUCACGUGGACCAGCGCUCCAACUACUUGCACCGGGAGGUGGUAGAACUGGCCCAGCAAUACGAGAAUGUGCGGGUGACACCUUGGCGCAUGGUCACCAUCUGGGGCGGGGCCAGCCUCUUGCGCAUGUACCUGCGGAGCAUGCGGGACCUGCUGGAGGUGCCUGGCUGGACCUGGGACUUCUUCAUCAACCUCAGUGCCACCGACUAUCCAACCAGGACCAAUGAGGAGCUGGUGGCAUUCCUGUCCAAGAACCGGGACAAGAAUUUCCUCAAAUCACAUGGGCGGGACAAUUCCAGGUUCAUCAAGAAACAGGGACUCGACCGGCUCUUCCAUGAGUGCGACUCGCACAUGUGGCGUCUGGGCGAGCGGCAGAUCCCCGCGGGCAUCGUGGUGGACGGCGGCUCGGACUGGUUCGUACUCACACGCAGCUUUGUGGAGUAUGUGGUGUACACCAACGACCCGCUCGUGGCCCAGCUACGCCAGUUCUACACCUACACGCUGCUCCCUGCUGAGUCCUUCUUCCACACGGUACUGGAGAACAGCCCAGCCUGUGAGAGCCUUGUGGAUAACAACCUGCGGGUUACCAACUGGAACCGCAAACUGGGCUGCAAGUGCCAGUACAAGCACAUCGUGGACUGGUGCGGCUGCUCCCCCAAUGAUUUCAAGCCUCAGGACUUCCUACGGCUGCAGCAAGUAUCCAGACCUACCUUCUUUGCCCGGAAGUUUGAAUCCACCGUGAACCAGGAGGUCCUGGAGAUCCUGGACUUUCACUUGUACGGCAGCUACCCUCCCGGCACACCAGCCCUUAAGGCCUACUGGGAGAACAUCUACGAUGCAGCUGAUGGCCCCGGAGGGCUCAGUGACGUCAUGCUCACCGCUUAUGCCUCCUUUGCCCGCCUCAGCCUGCGCCAUGCCGCCACCGCCACCCCACUCUGCAGGUUUGAGCCCAGGGGCUCGCCGUCCAGCGUGCACCUGUAUUUCUAUGACGACCAUUUCCAGGGCUACCUGGUGACGCAGGCGGUGCAGCCCUCAGCCCAGGGGCCGGAGGAGACACUUGAGAUGUGGCUGAUGCCCCAGGGGUCGCUGAAGCUGUUGGGGCGCAAUGACCAGCCCAGCCGGCUCCAGAGUUUGGAGGUCGGCACCGAGUGGGAUCCCAAAGAGCGAAUUUUCCGGAACUUUGGGGGGUUGAUGGGGCCAUUGGAUGAGCCCGUAGCCAUGCAGCGCUGGGCCCGCGGUCCAAACCUCACGGCAACUGUAGUGUGGAUUGACCCGACCUAUGUGGUAGCUACGUCCUACGACAUCACCGUGGAUGCCGAGACUGAGGUGACGCAGUACAAGCCUCCGCUGAGCCGGCCCCUGAGGCCGGGGGCCUGGACUGUUCGGCUACUUCAGUUCUGGGAGCCUCUCGGCGAGACCCGCUUCCUUGUGCUGCCCUUGACCUUCAACCGCAAACUACCUCUCAGGAAAGAUGAUGCCAGCUGGCUGCACGCAGGCCCACCCCACAACGAGUACAUGGAACAGAGUUUCCAGGGCCUCAGCAGCAUCCUGAACCUGCCUCAGCCGGAGCCAGUGGAAGAGGCUGCCCGGCGGCAUGCGGAGCUCACAGGCUCCGAGCUUGAGGUCUGGACAGACAGCGAACUGAGCAGCUUCUGGUCUGUGGCAGGACUGUGUGCCACAGGCCCAUCCACCUGCCCCUCGCUGGAGCCCUGCAGACUGACAAGCUGGAGCUCAAUGUCCCCCGACCCCAAGUCAGAGCUGGGACCUGUCAAAGCAGACGGGCGACUCAGGUAGCAGGGCCCCAGCCAGCACCCCCGGAGGUCCGGGGAGAAUUGCACCUUACAGACACUGGGUGGGGAGGGGGCCGUGCCCUCCUCCCACAGACAGGAGCCAGUGGCUCUGGUGGCACCCCCGUUUCAGCCAUGGAGAACCUGCAGAUUGGGCAGGGCGGGCUGAAGAGUGCAAGCCACUGGAGGCUUGGCAGGGAUGGGGGAAAGAGGGCUCCUGCAACAUUCCCUGCCCUGCUCUUCCUCCCCUGCCUCUCAAGUUUGUAUUUUUUUAAUUAUUAUUAUUUAAAAAAAAUGGACAGUGGAGGGAGGACCUCAAGACACAAGACGUGCAAUAGGGUGGCAGCAGGGAGCAAGGACUUCUGGAUCCCUGUGCUGUUGUUUGGGAUGAGGUUGGGUCGGCCUCGUGCUCCAGGGCCUUGUCCCCGGGCAUGGGUGGGUGGGUUUUGCAGCUAUGCCCACCACCACCCCCCCAGUGGCUUGGGGGCCCAGAGAAUGGCUUGGUGGUUUUUUGGUGGAGGGGGCACCACAGAGCUGGGCUCUUGUGGGACAGCCCCUCCUCGUGUAGCCAGGAGAUGCUCAAGGGGGGACAGGACUCACUUUAGGCUUCCCAGCAGGAAUUGGAGCCUUCCAGAGCAAUGCACAUUCAUCCAGGGAUGCCCAGGGUCACCCUGGAGGCAUGAGCCCUUCUGAGCAGAGUCUGGGUGGGCUGUCAGGAGGAGCUGGAGCAGCAUUGUGCCUGAAGCUCAGUGUCAAGUCUGAAAUAUGCAACAGAGGAAAUAUAUCUCUAUCUCUAAACACAGCCUCUGUGU